AUGUUUCAAUUUCGACACCAGGGUUUUGUACAUUGCAUAUUUACACUGAGAGAAGACAGCCAGAACACGACAUUCAAACCUAACCCGCUUUUUGUCUGUUGGUUAAAAAAAAAAACGAUGACGUUACAGACAGUUUGUGUGUUUGUCUUUGUGGUUCUAGUUGCGGUUCAAUGUCAAGUUCUGGACUUCACAAGGCAGCUAACUCCCGACGACUUCUACUGUGGACGUAUUCAGUGUGUGGCCAACAGUUCCCAGUCCAUCAUCAACAUGGCCAUAUAUGAUACCACAGAGAAAGGCAACUCCGUGAAGCUGGCCUUCAUCUCAGUGUUUGCCCCGAUAGUAUCCGUGGACCCAUCCAAUGUCAACGUCAUCAAUGUCACAGGGACCAUCUCAAAGUACAACGGGGUCUUGAACGUCUGGUUCUCGAGAGACUUCGAUUGCUUGUACGGCGCCUAUCAGUGUGAAUUAGAAUUCGUUAACAUUAACGGCCAACCGGAUGCAGUCAGAGAAAACUUGGCACCAGCUGCCCAAAUAAACGCGACCCUCUUGUAUAGCCUGGUUAAGAUUGACUCACAGCUGACGAAUACAAACACACAGCUGGAGGGGUUGAAGAUUGACAGUGAGGCCCUGAAGAAAGACAAUGAGGUUCUAAAGCAAGACAAUAAGGGCCUGAAGACAGUGCUGGACAGUGUCUUAGUGGAACUGUCUAGCAUCAAGGGAAUUAUGAACUCUACACUUGCAGUUGACCACGACAAGAAAAAUGGAAGCUUGUGUUACCGAGGAAUGCCGCACAAAAGUCCCAGGGAGAAGUUUGUUCUGCCAGGAAACAUCCAGGCGCUGUGUGACACCGAGUCUGAUGGUGGAGGUUGGAUAGUGCUUCAGAGACGUGUGCGAGGAGAUGUAGUCUUCUAUAGAGGCUGGGGUGAUUACAAGAGAGGGUUUGGAACCCCAGACACCGACUUCUGGAUUGGAAACGACCUUAUUCACGACCUCACCUCACAGGGCUACAACGAAUUCCGCGUCGAUUUUGUCCACUCCAACAGGGAGUACUUUGCUCAAUACACCAACUUCACCAUUGGCGAUGAGUUAUCUGGAUAUCUCAUCCGGAUUGGUGGAUAUUCCGGAAACGUUUUUGACGCCAUGAACUAUCAUAACGGCUACAAAUUCAGCACUUUUGACAGGGACAAUGAUCUAAGCGGCAGCAACUGUGCUGUGCUGUUCCACGGAGCAUGGUGGUACAAUGCGUGCCAGUACUCCAAUCUGAACGGGGCGUGGGCAGUUGCAAACACAACGGGCAUUUCUUGGCGUUUUUCAGUCAAUGAUUCCUUGAUGAACCUUUCAUUUACUGAGAUUAAGGUCAGGUAUAAUAAGAGGUGA